ACCGCCUUCUUGUGCUCGGACUGUCUUGUUUAUUCGCUAAUUUUUACAAUAAUUACUGAUUUCUCGCCAUGUCGGUGGUGAUAGAAACCACGCUAGGUGACAUUACUGUCGACCUGUUCACCAGAGAACGGCCUAUCGCUUGCAUGAACUUUCUGAAACUGUGCCGGCUAAAGUACUACAACUUCAAUCUUUUUCACACAGUGCAGCAAGGUUUCAUCGCUCAAACCGGCGAUCCCAGCGGCGCCGGAGAUGGUGGUUGCUCCGUUUGGGGAGUGGUCGAGGGUAUGCAGAAGCGAUUCUUCGAGGCGGAGUAUCUUCCCAAGAUCCACCAUUCCAGCGCAGGAAUGCUGUCUUUGGUUAGUGCAGGUAAAAAUCUGGUGGGCUCCCAGUUCUUCUUCACACUGGGGGAAAACCUUUCAUCACUGGAUGGGAGCCAUUGCGUUAUUGGUGAGGUCGUGGAGGGUCAUGAAGUGCUGCGAAAGCUUAACGACGCAAUUGUGGACGAUAGCUUUCGCCCAUACCAGGAUAUACGUAUUACGCAUACUGUAGUGCUGGAAGAUCCAUAUCCCAAUCCCCGCGGCCUUCAGGCUCCCAGUCGUUCACCGUCACCAAGUGCGGAGCGCCUGCAGAAUGGACGCAUAGCUGCUGACGAGGACAUAGAUGACACGGAUGGCAUGACCAUGGAGGAGCUACAGGAGAUGCUAGCUGAACGAGAGGCCAAGGCACGAGCCACAAUCCUUGAGAUUGUCGGGGAUCUUCCGGAUGCGGACAUGGCCCCACCAGAAAACGUCCUGUUCGUCUGCAAACUCAAUCCCGUUACCACAGACGAUGAUCUGGAAAUAAUUUUUAGUCGCUUUGGUGUAGUCAAAGGAUGCGAGGUUAUUCGCGAUCGCAAAACGGGUGACUCCCUGCAGUAUGCCUUCGUAGAGUUCGAAGACCAGAAGUCUUGUGAGGCCGCGUAUUUUAAAAUGGAUAAUGUUCUUAUCGACGAUCGUCGCAUUCAUGUGGACUUCUCACAGUCCGUUUCGAAAGUCACCUGGCGCGGAAAAGGAAGAGGUGUUGUUGGUGACGAGGGCAGGCUAGACUUUGACAACUUACGGGACAACAACGAUCGCAAAAAACCCAACAACGGCCGGGGCAGAACGGAGGACCGCAGAGAUCGCAAUAGGUCUGACAAUCCCAGAAGUAGGAUGAGCUCUGCAGAGCGAAGAACAGCGAGGGAACAGAGGCACCAAGAUCAGAAGGAAAGAGAUGAUGAAAAGAUUGCGAGAAAGGGCUCAGGAUCCAGGGAGCAAAGAGACCGACGACACUCCAGGUCAAGAGAUCACGGCCUUGAACGAACCAGGAAAAACUCAGAUCGAAAACGCCUUAACGAUUACGAUAGAAAACGGGAUGAGAAACGAACUUCAAGGUCAACGGAUCUGACACAAAGAAGACGUUCUAGAUCACGGGAUAUAGCAGAACGAAGACCUUCCAGAUCUAGAGAGCAAACAUAUAGGAGGCGUUCGCGGUCAAGAGACCAGCACGAGAGAAGACGGUCUCAACCAAGGGAUCACAUUGAAAGACUACGUUCCAGAUCCAGAGAUCCAACAGAAAAGAAGCAACCUCAAUUCAGAGAUCGCCAUGAUGCUAGGCGGAUCGGCUCCCCUCAAGAGAGAAGGCGCAUAGAAAAUGGAGGUGGUUCGUAUAGGGAAACAGUUAGAAACCAAAAAGUUUCUCCAAACCGAAGAUGGCAAUCAAGAGAUCGAAAUGAACACAGACUAGACAAAAUGUCGAGUCCUGAGAGGAAGCGCAAACUUUCAGUGGAAAAGAGCAAAAAACCAGAUAGAAAGAAAUCAAAACAUGCAGCUAGCAGUAGCUCAGACUCCAGCAUAAGUUCGUCGGAAUCCGAGAGUGAUUCAGACUCCAUAUCUUCAGAUAGUUCUGAGGACAGCUCCAGCAGUUCCUCAUCAUCAGACGAGCGCAGCAAGCGUAAAAGAAGCAAGAAGUCCAAGCAGAAGAACAAAUCGAAAAGCAGUCACAAAUCAAAGAAGAAAAAGCAUAGGAAAUAAAGAUUUAAAGUUUU